AUGGUCUGCUCAUGUGAAGAGAAUGGUUCUGUAUGUAGGUGGGUUGGGUUCUCAAACAUUAGAGCUGAUGGGGACUCAUUAUCAGAUAUGGGUAGCAUGCACAUCCAAAUGUUCUUAGUGAAGUAUAUGAGGGCAUGGUUUUAUGGAGCAGGAAUUGCUAGGUCCUCUGAAGGAAUUGUUUUGAACCAAAGAAAAUUUGCACUGGAACUAAUUUUGGAGACUGGAUUAUCUGCUGCAAAACCCAUUGACACUCCUCUUGAACAACAUCUAAAACUGACUUCAUAUGAGUAUGAUCAAAAGUUUCUACCGGAUGCAAAGGAUGACUUGUUGACAGAUCCUAGCGUGUUCAGGAGGAUGGUGGGAAGGUUAUUAUAUCUAACCAUGACCAGACCAGAUAUUUCAUUUACUGUCCAGAUUUUAAGCCAACACAUGCAGACUCCUAAACAAUCACAUCUAGAAGCAGCAUUGAAAGUCAUAAGAUACGUGAAAAAGGAACUAGCACUUGGUUUGUUUAUGUCCGCAAAAAGUACAAAAGAGUUAAUUGCCUUUUGUGACUUAGAUUUGGCUUCUUGUGCUGUUAAUAGAAAAUCAGUAUCAGGAUAUUGCAUCAAGAUGGGAGAUUCUCUUCUGUCUUGGAAAUCAAAGAAACAAAAUACUAUAGCAAGAUCAUCUGCAGAAGCAGAAUAUAGAAGCAUGGCUGGAGCUGUUGCAGAACUAGUUUGGUUAACUGGCUUGCUUAAAAAACUUGAUGAUGAAGCCAAAAUCUCGGCAUUACUUUACUGUGAUAAUAAAUCAGCAUUACAGAUUGCAGCAAACCCCAUGUAUCAUGAGAGAACAAAACACAUAGAGAUAGAUUGUCAUUUUAUAAGAGAGAAAAUUCAAAGUGGUUUGAUCAUUACAAAAUACAUACCAACUGGAGAACAAUUGGUAGAUGUGAUGAUGAAAGGGUUGGGAAGGCUAUAUCAUGAAAAGCUUCUGUCCAAGUUAUGCUUGAAAGAUAUUCAUAAGAUGCCAACUUGGGGGGGAGUGUUAAGAUUCAAGUUGGUAUAUAGGAGGAAGCUUAGUUAG